AUGAAUGUCUUUCGAUUCAAAGCCUUACGUGGCCGUAGCAACAAGGAAGCUUUGCACGUUGAAGCCGCUGAGGAGAGUGUUCCCUUCCAGACGCUAAAUGGACUCCUGGGGCGGAGACCUCGAUGGCAUGAGGUUGCAUCACAAACGUCGACCUCUUCCUACGGUCAUAUUCAGAUCGCAGAGCCCGCUGAUAAUGAGCUGGGAGGAACGCGAUGGCGCGUGGGGUUUUUGGCUCGAUUUCCAUUCCUAAGCUUCUUCUGUCUAUGCCUUAUCGUCGGGACCAUCGUGGGCAUCAUCAUCAUUUUGCUUGUGUCUGAUGGCAAAGAUGUUGAUUCGUGGGAUGCCACGACCGUGAACAUUGCUGGCGAUCGGCAUAGGUGGCGGGUCAGCGUGAGCACAUACAUUGCUCUGUUCAACUUCAUUGCAAGUAAUGCAUUUGCCAUUAUGUUCGGGGAAGCAGUCGCCAUAUACUGGUGGGUGGAUGCUCUGCAAGGGCAGACCCUCAAAAACCUUCAUUUCCGCUGGGAGGUUGGCCAGUCCAUCUUUGCCAUCCUCGUAAGAAUGAGGAUAUGGGGCUGGAUUUGUGUCGCCAGCAUCGCAUUUACAGCCUUCUCAGGCCUGGAGGCUCUCCUUCAGACAGCGAGUACUUCGAAGACCACUUUCUCUUCAUAUGCUGCCAACAUGACCGCCUCUGUCGCCGAACGCUUGCCGGCAGGUUUCUCAGGGGUCGUCGCCGCAACCGGGCACGAUGUGUUUGGGACCGUGUACUACACUCCCAACUUUACUGAGAUUCUUAGAAACUACACCAGUCAAUCCCCGAUACAUUUCGAUCUGGACGGUUGCGCCUCGACCUCGAAUGUAUCCUGUGCCACAACUCUGAUGGGAGUUGGAUUCCUGUACACUUGCACCGCAAGUCGCAGUGGCCUGCAAACUCCCCUCUCAACGGCCGCGAAUGGAACAGUGCUGCAGCCGGAAAACACGGUAUUUCGGGUUGAACUUGGAUCAACAGACUGGUCGAUCACCCUCGACGUUCUCUGGCAAGACAAGAAGGGUAGUAAUGGGCUUGUUGUCUCAAACCGGCACUGCACCCUCGAGCCAGCCUCGGUAGAAUAUCCUGUCAAUGUCACGCAACGAACCGUGACCCUUCAGCCUCCAACAUCCACGGUGAAUUGGACCGCAAACUCUACCGAUGUCGAUCAAAGUUCACUUCGAGUGGACAAAUUGCUCAAGACACUGCCAAUACCGGAUUACGACAAUGCGAUAGCGGACUUUUCUCUGCUUACACCAGGCGUGCAUAGCACUCUGGGCGGCAUUGCGCUGGCUUUCGCUAGACUUUUCGACUCGAGUAUCAUCCUGAAAGAAGACAUCACGAACUCUGGCGCUGAUGUGUCCGUUCAAGGCGCAUUCGCUGCCCCGUAUGCACAAUUUGUCGAGGGCACGACCAACGACGCCUACCUGAACAACACGUACGCAUCUCCGAUGGACGAGCUUUUAUCCGACAUUCGUGAUAUCAUGUUCCGGAGCUCUGUAGCGAUCACGGAACAUCAAAUACCAGACUAUUUCUGGCCCGAUGGUUCGGCCACAGAAACAGAUGCCAAAAGUACCACGGUUCCUUCACAAAGGGUCACCCAGCUCGGCCAAUACGGGAUAUAUCACACAAUCUACAAAACCAACAAGGUCAUCCUGGGUGUCGCAGUUGGAUUGAUGACCCUCGCUAUUUUGGCAACAUUACCGUUGUACUGGGGCUUCUGGCGACUCGGCAGGAAAGUGAGCCUGUCGCCGUUGGAGAUUGGCAAGGCACUGCACAACUCGGCAAUGAUCGACACGGGGACCGGGGCGGCACAGUCGUACAGUGUUCUCGACGUCCGAGAUCAUCAUGGCCGACUGCCACAGUAUGGGUCUAAUCUAUCAGCUGAAGAGUUGGUCAAGUUCCUGGGGGCAAAGAAGGUCAAGUACGGUGAAGUGGCGUCAAAUAUCUUGGGCAUAGGCUUGUUCACAGACACGAAGGAGGCUAGGAAUGGACAAUUGUAUUACUAA